AUGGAACCGGUCACAACCCCAUCCAUUGAGGUGCAAAACCUCACGUACAAGUUCCAAGAUGGCACCAAUGGUCUGGAAGACGUAAAUAUAAAACUGCCCUCUGGCAGCCGGACCCUGCUAAUUGGCGCAAAUGGAGCGGGGAAAACCACUCUCCUCCGCCUGCUCUCAGGCAAACGUCUUGCCCCCAAUAACACCAUUUCAGUGGGUGGCAAGGACCCCUUCAAGGACAGCUUAGAUGGCGUGACCUACCUAGGAGUUGAGUGGGUGCUGAACAGCAUCGUCCGCACAGACAUCGAUGUACCCACCCUGCUCGCUUCCGUAGGCGGAAACGCCUACCCAGAACGUCGGGAUGAGCUGAUCGACAUCCUCGAUAUCGAUCUCCGCUGGCGCAUGCAUGCUGUCUCUGACGGUGAACGUCGCCGCGUGCAGCUGGCAAUGGGCUUGGUACGGCCUUGGCAGGUUCUGCUUCUCGACGAAAUCACUGUCGACUUGGAUCUUCUGUCCAGGAGUAAUUUCCUGGCUUUCCUCAAGCGGGAGACAGAGACUCGGGCGUGCACUAUCGUUUAUGCUACGCAUAUCCUGGAUAAUCUUGCUCAGUGGCCUACUCAUCUGGUUCACAUGCACUUGGGUCAGGUUAAGGCGCUGGGGUCGACCGAGUCGUUCCAUGCACAGGUCCCGGAGUGGACUUCGGAGAACAGCCGUUUGGGAGAGCUGGUUCUCAAGUGGCUCAAGGAGGAUAUGCAGGCCAGAGGUCCUCGAAAUGGUCGUGGUAAUGAGGCGAAGACUUACCAGUCGCUUGAAGGCAUUGGGGGUUAUGGACUGGAAAAGCACGACUAG